ACCGGAAGGGUCGAGUACGGCGGGUGGCGAUGGCGGAGGAGGAGGGUGGUGAGGGGCCCGGGGGCGGCGCGGGGUUUGCACUGGUGGAACGCGGUGCCCGCCGCACCGCGGAGCCCGCGGACUUGGUGGCUCUUGCCCAGCAGGUGCAGCAGGCAGAUGACUUCAUCCGAGCCAACGCCUGUAACAAACUGACUGUCAUCGCCGAGCAGAUCCGGUACCUGCAGGAGCAGGCUCGGAAGGUCUUGGAUGAAGCGAACAGAGAUGCUGAUCUGCACCGUGUGGCCUGCAACCUCGUGAAGAAGCCAGGGAACAUUUAUUACAUGUACAGGCGGGAGAGCGGCCAGCGAUACUUCUCCAUCCUGUCUCCCCAGGAAUGGGGGACCAGUCCCCACGAAUUUCUUGGUGCCUACAAGCUCCAGCACGACCUUUCCUGGACUCCGUUUGAGCACAUCGAGAGACGAGAUGCUGAAAUAAACAUCCUGGAUAAGCUGCUGAGCCGGCAGGCAGCGCUGCCACCGUGUACGGAGCCCAAUUUCCAAGGCCUCACCAAGUGACAGGAGUGACUAUCUGGGACCCCUGGAUCAGGACAUGCAGGGUGAAGAAAGAGACCAAAAAACAGAAACGCUGAUGCCGCCUGUUUUGCUCUGUGCUUUAAUGAGACUUUAAUUCCGCAUUCAGUCCUACUGGAUUUUCUUGUAAUCAAGUGAUUUAUUUCUUUGACUCAUGCUGAGCUGUGGCUGAUAAAAUCAGGUGGAGUCGAUGCCAAGAGGGCUUGGGGCAAGAAGCAGAAAUGCUUGGGGCAGAUGUGAUAACACUAUAAAAUAAGCCCAGCCUGUCUGGCUCCGAUGCCUCACUGUGCCUGGCAAUGAGUUCAGGGCUGGAUUCUUCCCCUGCUUAAUAUAUUCAUGUUUAGGAAGCUCAAUGGCCUGGGAAGAGCGGUCAGAACCUCGCCCAGAAGGGGCUGUUGUGGCUGGAGUCUGCAGGUCUCUGUCUCACUGGUCCGGACCCCUGGUCUGGCAUACAGGGUGACCUGGAGCUCUCUCUGCUGGGAAGAGCGUUCUCGAAAGUGCCACAUAGGCUUCAGGUGCUCUUCGGGAAGUGGGUGUUUCACAGCCCUUGUGUGUUCCUCUGGGCUUCAGGUGGGACAGGAGCAUGCAGGCAUGCUGAACACCUCUGCCAGGGUAGAAAACAAAUCAGUCUUGAUCUCAAAUGCACCUCUGAGACACCUGCAUCCUGUCUGCGUGGCAAGCAUCCUGCUGGCUUUCACAGGGAGACUUGGUGGCAUGUGGGACUAGUAGGACAUCUCCAGACCUUCUUUUUCCACCAAGAACCGGGAGAGGCAAAGGUCAGAGCUGCUGAGAUGUCCUCCCUCUGCCUAGUGUGCAGAGCUCCUCCAGGAGCUCACCUGCUUCUCUGUGAGGAGCCAAGUUGGGAAUGAAGAUGUUCAGGUUGGAUGUAAUAUCAGAUCUGGUCAGAUCCUCCCAGGGUUUGUUCAUCUCCCCAAGACAACAAGGCAGUGACCUUACGUGCUGCUGAAGGUAUCGCAGUACGUUGGCCUCAUCCUCCUCCUCCACUGGGGAUGUGUGAGGGCUGGGGAGUGGGAAUUGUGACCCUGGGGUCUGGGCCCACCAAGAGUGAAGGUGGUGCUUCUUGGUGGAGCUCAACCACGAGUGCCCUUGUGUUUGGGCUCCACCAAGAGGCUGCCUCCCCCUGUGUUUGUGGUUAGGUUCUCCCGGCUUCCAAGGUGGUGGUGAAAGAGCUGGGGUCGUGUUCUGCAUGGCCCAGUCAUGACCUUCCUGGGGGCUGGCUCGUUCCUGGCAGUCACUCAUCUCCAAGUGACCUUCCCAAGUGUUGCCCCGUCUCCGUACCCACUGCCAAGGAAGACCCUGCUGCCUUCGCCUCUGCUGGGUGACUCCUGACACAAUUUGGGGCUUAGUCAGUGCCUCAGGCUCGGAUCAGAUCAUGCAUGCGCUCUCAAAACAAUCUCUUUAACUCCAUUAAAAUUCCUUGUUCCCUUUCUGGCCGUGGUUUGUCUCAUGCCAACUCUCCAG